GAUAAGUCUCAGUUCAUUUCGGCUGUCAUCCAGGCACAAACUGAGCAGAACAAACAUUGGAGCCUGGCCAGAAAAAUCCUUUUCAUACAGCCACCUCCUUCCCCUCCUUUUCCUAGAUUUGAAAUGACUUUACACAAUACUGUAUCUUCCUCUUUCAGAUCCCUUAAAUCAUACCUCACUGAAAUCUCAGUCUGAACUGUUGGCAAGUAAACGACAUGUCUGGUGGCAAAUACAUAGAUGACGAGGUAGGAAUGGACAUUGCUUGUGGCUUCUGUGACACUAAGCCUGCUUGCAUGGAGUUGCUAAAUCUGUGAGCACAUUGCUUUCACUUUGUAUAUACUUUGGGUACACCUGGACAGUUCAGAAGUAAACUGAUUUCUUCAAUUCAGUGUUUUGCUGGUUUCAAAACGUUCCAGUUGCUGAGUGCGCUGAGAGAGAGAUGUUAUCUCCUUAAAAUACUUUUAAAUAAUAAUAAUAACAAUUUUUUAGGGGAGUAGAGAAUGGAAUGUUAUCUAUCCCAGCUAAGUGUUUAUGUUCCCUUGGCACACUCCCCUAUUAAUCUUUUACUGAAGAAGAGGGGCCGGGGAGAGAUAUUUGCUUCUUGCAGGUGUGCACUGCAGAUAAGUCUACUUUUAGGACAAUGGAAUGCUGCAAAUCUUUUAGAUGAUAACUUGGAGAUAUUUCAAAAUUAAAAUGUGUUUUCUUAAUAUUUAGUGUGCACCCUUUCAGUACAAUCAUUAACAGCAAAUUUUAGGCCACAUUUUUUAUAUGUUAAGAAAACAAAUAUAAACUAAAUUGUAUUGGAGGUUAUUUUCCAAUUUAUUUGUUCUUUUAAAUUGAAAAAGGCGGUUGUUGCUUUUAAUUUUACACAACAGAUUACUAUUUGAUACAUAGACCCCCAGUCAUUUUUUGUUUAUGUCUCAUAUAUUAGGGAUGUUUUAUAUUAAAGAAUGCGAUGGCAAGAUUGUGGUGAUUAUUUUGUGCAUGAUCUCGUGUCAUAAAGUGACCAAUUAAUGCUAGCCUUUGCUUCAAAAUUGCAAAAACCGAACUGUGUAUAUAUUUCACAUCAGGCUUAGCAAAUACAUGUAAACACUAGCACUGAUAUGCUAAUUUAGGCCUUUAUUCACUAAAUAGUGACUUGUGGAAAGUUAAAAAUGUAUAUGCAAUCUUUAUGCCAAAAUUUUAGAACUGGUGAAAACAUAUCCUAUUUAGGAGAGUUUUUUCUGCUUGGAUUGUAAGCUCAGUUGGGACAAUGGCCUCCUACUUUAAUUUAUAUUGGUUUUUUAACCACUUAUGGUUUUAGUAUAACUGUACUUACUGUACUUCUCUCUACUGUAGUGCAACCUAGCCAAUUGAACAUAUUCAUGACUCCUAAAUAAAAUAUCCAUACACUUUAAUUAUUGUACUUACUGUACCACACUCUCCUGUAAUGUGACCUGCAUUGAGCCAAUCAAAUUCUAUAUAAAUUAAAAAAAAUAUAUAUUGUAUAAUUGUUGCACUUACUGUACCUCCCCCCACUUUAAUGUAUUCUGAUUUGAGCCAAUCAAAUUGACCUGUUUUAUGUAAAAAUAAUGCAUACACUGUUUAAGCACUGUACUUACUGUAUGUCCUUCUACUGUAAUGUAACUGGCUACAAGACAAAUAAAAAGGACAGUUGUAUGUAAAUUAAAUAGACAUACAUGAUAUUUUCGCUUAGAUUUUUCAAACAGGCUGCCAAUUCACCAAAACUCAUCAUUUAACUAAUAAUCAAAUUACAUUUUUAUUUUAUUAAAAUAAAUCACUCAUAUACCAGGAAUAGGGGAUAUUAAGACAAGUUGUUUAAUUAUUUGUUUAUACUAAUUAAUUUUCUGAUUAAUCAUUUUCAUUUACUUGAAUCUACAUUCUAGACUUGAUAGACAAAAGUAGGUCAAUUUUAUAUAAUUACGUCAACAAAGUGAAAUUUCUCAUACCAAACUAUAUGCUUUAGCAGGUAUUUAAUGUCACUCUAUUACUCUUACAUUGUAAUUAGCAAGAGGUUCUUUACCAUUUCAUAAUCUGCAAUAAUCCAUUCUGUUAUAAAUGUAUCUCCAACUGAUGUUCGAAUUUUGCCAUAAACUGUAAGAUAACAUGCGCUAAUAAAACAGAGGUAGACUUAUCCUAUAUAAUACAAUCCAGCCCUGUUUGACAAGAAGAACAUUGCUAAGGCCUGAAUAAUGAAACUGGGAUUCACCACAAGCACAGAUGUACAGCAGACGUUAAAAGAAACAUUGGCUUUCUAGCAAAACCUUGUGUUUAAAGAUCAGAAUCAAGAUGUUCGCUAGACUGGGAACUCUGAAAAUCCUCAGUUUACCAAACAAACCUAGCAGUAAAUUAGCUAUCGUGGUCAUCUGUUUGACACCAAGGCUAUUAGGAAUUCUCAAGCGUUGUAUGUUCAAGGUCCAUGAUGGGGUCUGCGUUAUAGGUGACAAAAUCCACUGUGGGAUCACAUUAAGUGGUUUACCCUCUUCAUCGUGAUACCUUUAAUUGGAAGCUCUUCAUAAACUUCAUAAAUCACUCAUAUACCAGAAACAAUAAUUUAUGCAGCUGGUUUACACAUUUUAUUUAAGAUUUUUUAGGUGGUGUCCUGGGAAUGUUUUAUAGUUUACAAAGAUAUUUUGGGAACAUGGAAAUUCCUGUGGCAUUGUUGUCUGAUCAGGGCUUGGUUCCCUUAUCUACUAAGCCAUUUUAACAGCUAUAACAUCUGUCGCCACAGUGUAACAUGUGAGCGGCAUACUGUGAGUGCUAGCUCUUAGGGGUAGAACACUUGUAAAACUGUUGAAAUCGACAAUCAUGGAUUUAAUAAACCAUAUUCUCCAGGCCCUAAACAUGCCACCCAAUUGGUCCAAACAGCAUGAGAGUUUGUAAGCAUGUGAGUGGUAGGAAGCACUGUGUGACAAGGGGAAAUACUCUAGAGGGGUCUGAGAACCCCACCAGGUAGGAUUUAGUAAUCAGCUGGGGUGAUGGUGGAGGAGGUGGGGGUGGGGUUGGGGCAACAGUGUGUCCUUGGACCUAGGCAGCACAGUGUGUUGGACCAGCCCUGUGUUAUUUGUAUUAUACGGCCCCUAGUAUCCAGUCUACAUGCUUUCUAUCCCCCUCAUUCCUUUGAGUAUGGCUGGAGGGCUGUGGGAAAUGAAACAGAGAGGUUUGCAAAUCCCACAAUCUUCUAAUUUUAUAUCUCCCCAGCGGCACAGAGAAUAUUUAACCCACUAUCAAAUAAAUGUACUGCAUGUUUAGUUAUGUAAUCGCUUCUACAUUCCUGUUAACUCUUUCCGUGUCAAUAAUUUAUUGUUUAAAAAAUAAUCCAGAAUAGGUUGGAAGCUACUAAAUACUCAGAGGCAUGAAAAUAUCUUUUUACAGAUUCUGCUAACCUGCAACUCCCAGUGUGGCUGAGAAUGAUGGGAAUUGUAGGCCACAUUAGUUGAAGUGACAAUGACUCCCUACGAAUGAGAAAAGCAAUUGUUAACUAUUUCAGAGCCAUAACAAUGUGUUGCAAUCUACUUACUAAACUACUACUUACUAAACGUAUCCAAGCUACGCCUAUCUGAAGGUUUGCAGAUAUUAUAUUUAUUAUGUAUAAAAGUAUGAAAGGGAAUUUGAACUGAAAUUUAAAUUUUUGUCCAAAAUAGCCAAAUCGGAAAAAUUGACCACUUCUUCUGUGUUUUCAAUUUGUAUUUUAAAGUAAAAUUUUAGGUUCAUUUGAAAUUCUUGACCUUUCACACUUCCGUGAAUAAUAAUUUUAUUAAACAGUAUAACAAAACUUGGUUUAACAAACAGAAGGGCCCCAAACCGAAGGUUAUUUUCUGUAAAAGCGCACAAAACAGAAGGAAUUUGCACGUAUUAAAGCUACGAGGAUAAUUAGAAGGUAUAACUGAGUCAUACUUGGCAGAAUUUAGAUGUGCCCCAAACAGAAAAACUGGAUUUAUCUUCCUCUAAAAGUAUUUAAUAACCAUUUCGAAUAUAGACACACCCAAAACAGCAAUACAAAAAGACACCGCGGGGCACAUAAUGUGUGAACAAUAACACAUUCAUACAUACAAUGUCUAAAUUACUAGUUGUCUGAUAUUGAAAAAAAAAACAUGCCCUAUUAUAACUUGCAGUGCAGAACUUGUAUCUCCAAGGUACCUUAAAUUAGUAGGGAUUGGCGAAAAAACACAGGAUGGGGCCUACUCAAACUUCUGCGUCAUGUAACGGGUUAAUGCGGUUUGAAAAGCAACACUUAGUAACAAUAUUAAUAUCAUUAUCCAAUACAUUGGUCACUACACUACACAAUAGAAUUUGAAAAGGGUUUAUUUACUAAACUGUAAAUUGUAGUGCAUUAAAGACCAAUGCUAAGAGUUGUUAGAAAAAUCCCAGGACAAACAGUUGGAGGGGUUAGGGCAAAAUAAAAUGUAACACUAGACAAGCAAUGCUAUUCACUGAAACCUGAAUUUGAGCAAUUUUCUUCUACUAAAAAAAAAGGUUUUAUUUAUGUUUUGCAAAACUGAGGCAAAAUUAGCUGUGACUAUGUCUGAGCUGGAAUAUGUUGCAAAUCACCCAAUGUAUCCUCAAUUUUCCCAUUUGGAUUUAAUUUUAUAAACCUAUAAAAAUGUGAAAUCAAAUUCUUAAACCAUAGAAGACAGAACUGCAAAAGUAGCUAAUAAAAUUUACCCAGUUUGCAUUAUGGUUAUUUUUAUUCACCGUGUAGCUCACAAAUUGUGAAUUUUAGAAAACUUGGGUGCCAAGCCACAACAUAGGAACUGCAAUUUCUGUGAAGCCAAAAUAGGAGAAAUUAAAACAAAUAUCUACCCCAGCUCGGUAACAUUAACCCCUUAGCUGUAAUGGACUGCCUUACAAAUAAUGUUAAGCCAUCCUUCUAGCUUUAAAGUUUGAGAAAGUGGAUAACAAGAAGUGGAGAGCCAGAUGUUCCCCAACCCUGAGUGUGUGCUGUGACAGUGAGUGAGCCCUUGAUGAUGGGAAUCCCUGCUUUGUGAAUCCAGUCAGCAUGCAGGGUGUGGUGCCCAGGACACUGAUCUCUGCGUGGAAAGUUUGUGCUGUCCUGCCUGGGUGUGACAGGGAUUGCCUCUGUGGGAGGAGGUGAGGGGGAGUAAGGAAUCCCCCAGGAAUGAGGAAUAUUAAUGCUGAGGUCUGAUGACCCCUGCUGGAGGGAGCCUGUGCUCUGGUACAGAGGGGUGUGGUAUUUUGUAUGGAUCCUUUUAUAAACCAAGCCUUAGUUGUACACUGCAAAGCUCAGCCUGACAGCUCUGCUGCUUCCAUCUAUGGUUACACAUUGCUAAACUGUAUCUUUUUCUCUCUCUCUCUCCCCUUUUAUCUGCACCCUCCCUCCUUCCCUCUCCCCCCUGCCUACUACACACCUCAAUUCACCCCAGGGUGUCCUGUACACUACGCCUAUUAUACGAGAUCAAGGGAACAUCUACAAACCAAACAACAAGACCAUGGCUGAUGAGUACCUGAGUGAGAAGGCUGAGCGUGAUGCUCACACCAAGGAGAUUGACCUGGUCAACAGGGACCCCAAACACCUCAAUGACGAUGUGGUCAAGGUGAGAUGGGCGUGGGGUGGGCACUGGGCAGAAUAUGCUGUUAAUGUAUAGAAAGGCAUGAGAACUUCUGUAAUUAGUUACAGAAACUUGCACAGGAUGAUAGGAGUUUGCCUAUCACCGAUAUGAUAGGUGCAACAGGCUUACACACUGAGGGCCCACCUAUGUAUGAUCCACCACUCCCAUGACGCCAAGUCAGCCUAAAGAGUGUUGUUGGACUGUAAAAAGUUGGUGAUCUGCCUUUUGGGCACCCCUUGGCUCGUAAUUAACAAUUUGCUUCCUUCACAUAAAAAAAAAAAAAAAAAAAAAACUUUAACUUUAUUAACUUUGCGAAUGUGUUUAUGGAUAAAAUGUAAUUCUGGGGCAACGUUCUAAAAGUGAAGCAAUUAGUAUAAACAUUCCAUUGGUUUCCAUGGUGAUAGCUGCAUCGGUAGAACGUUGCCCCAGAAUUGCACUUGAUAUGUAUUAUAUAUAAGACAUAGUGAUUUAUGGAGUAGUUCAGGCUGUGAAUUUAAAUGUGUUGUAUGUUUGUUAUGCAUCUUUUAAAUGGAAACAAUUGUGUCCUGUGUACAAGAACUCUUUGUAGGAUGAAAAGUGAACCAUUUUUAAAUAGUUAAAAUUAUUUCUAAGUGAUCAUGUUAGGAUGUCACACUGAGUUUGUGUCCUAUUCCUACCAGCUCUGAAACAUCUAUUUUAGAAAUACAUUUCUGUGCAGCUUUAUGAUAAGUUUGAUGUCCUCGAAGUGAACUAAGGGCUGUUGAUGUAUGAUCUAUUACUGAGAACAUGUUCUGACAUUUCAACAUUCUGUCAUUUGUCAUGUUUUCCAUUCAUAAGGGCAACCUGUAAAAACAGUUUGGGGUUUGAAUCCUGACAGGGACGUGUUUGUAGUUCCUGUCUAUUCCUGAAUUUGGAAAGCCAUUCAAGUAGUAUUCCAGGUGAAAGUCCAGGCGCACUUCCUUUGACACUAGCCUAUUGCCAAAUCAGUGGAACUUACAGCCCCACCUAAAUUAACCACCAUAAAUAAUGUGUUUUUAUCGUUUCGCCUGGUACACCAGGAUGAUCAGAGCUGGAUGUAAAGAAUUUUCAGUUCAUUAACUCACAAACCUCUAGAUGAGCCUUGCCUUUUCUCAUCCCCUGUUACUAGAUAAAGGUCAGAGUUGGGCUGUGGUAGGUGAAGGGCCUGUAACUGGUGAGAUAGAAUUGCUAAUUUCUUGGAUGCCUUUACCUGGCUUGUGCUAAUGGGUGUUACAUGAAAAAUGCUAGCCUUUUGUAACAUUCACACGCUGCCUUUCUGUACACAGAAAUGAUGUGUGUCCAUGAAUAUUUAGUAGAUCUAGAUUAGGAGCUAUUAAACUGUUAAUAGCUCCUGACUGAUUCCUCUUCUGCAACUGUCACUAGUCUAAUACUAUCCUUACCUUUUUGUGUCAUUUUACCCCACUCCAUCUAGCAUGUAAGCUCAUUGAGCAGGGCCCUUAACUCCUCUGUUCCUGUGUGUCCAACUUGUCUGGUUACAACUACAUGUCUGUUCGUCCACCCAUUGUAAAGCGCUGCGGAAUUUGACGGCACCCUAUAAAUAUCAUAAUAAUAAUAAUAAUAAUAAUCUGUCUACGCUAGGUAAAGUUCUGCAUGAGACACAGAACACAAAUGUCAUUGUUCAAGCCAAUACUAGUUAGUACACAAUAAACAAGAAAUAUUUUAACAGAAAUAUUAAACAAGGCACGGCCUACAGACCAAGAGUACAUGUUAUGCUCCUCCCACAAAUACAGACUUUAGCCAAUCCCCUAAUUGCAUCUUGGAACACGCCCUAUGUCCAUCCCUAAGUCCUAAUAUGAUUGAUAUGACACCAAAUCUUUGAAUGAUUUCUGAGUUAUUAAGUCCUGAUUUACAAUGAUAUAAAACAGAAUGUGAAAUGCCCACACCUGCUGCAUUAACCCUAUUUCUGCUGUAUUAACCCUUCACCCACAACAUUAACCCUAAGCUUAAAAUUAAGCCUGCAUCCACCUUAUUUAAACCUCACACUCACAGCAAUACCACCUCUGUCCACUGUCCUCUAUAAUCAACUUCAAAAACGCUGAUAGCACUGUCACAAUGAUGUAAUUAAAGGUGUUACUCAGGGCUAACAAUAAUAGGGACCAAAAUUAGAUCUGGGGCUAUCCAGCAUUGCACUCUAACCGCUAACCCUGGUCAGCACCUUUCUUAGCAACACUCUUAAAUAGUAGGUAGACACAGAUGGCAACUGAAUCCAUAGUAUCUACAUCGUGAUUUUGUGAUUAAAACAUUUUAAAACCGCGAUAUACAUAGUUAUUUUGGGAUACAAUAAAACAUUGCUUCUAUUCCACGAAUUUCCUCAUGUAGAGGUGGAAUCAGGUUAAUUCAUUGAUUCAUUGUUACAGUGUAAACAAAAUUAAACCUUACCCGUGCUGGACACACUCAUUCAUUCAAGAAUACAGGCUAUUAGUCUGUUUUAAAGACACUCGUGGUGACUAACUUGACUUGGUGUAACAUUAAGGAACAUUCCAUUUACACUAGCAAAUGUAUAGAUCAAUAUUUAUUACAAUAUGCAUACAAUUGCAUACUGUUUUGUCAUGUACAUACAAUCAGCAUUACAGUAUGUCUGUAGAAGCUGAAUUUGCAGUUGUUUCACAAUGCACAAUGCAAUCACAUCUCUCAACUCUUAGUAUGCACAGUCACCUGCACAUAUUCUCUGAUCACUGUCAUUUUCUGACAGCCAUCUCUCGUAAUGGCUGUGGGAAAACACAUUAGACUUUAACGUGAAGCAUGAACUCAGUCAUUGGCUGAGAGUGCUCAGAUUACUCUUAGCCUGUGAUUCCUAUUGUGUUCUUCCUGGAAAAGGCCAGGUGAGGCCAAUGCAGUGCUGGUGUCUAGUGAGACCUGGAUACAUUUUCAAACCGUGGGAAAAUACCAUAACCAAUACAGUGGACUGGAUUAAAUUCAGAUUUUUAAAGGCAUUUGGUGUGAGUGAAUUAAACACCAAAUUGCACUAUAGUAUUGUACAACCCUAGGGACAGUGGUGUAUCCUGGUUUUGUGCUGCCCUAGGCAUGACAAAACUCAUUGAGAAAUGCUUUCCUAUGGACUGUUUGAAUGCGCGCGCGUGCGCCUUCCGCUCAACUUGGGAGCUGACGUCGGCGGGGGAGGAGAGGUCACCAGCGCCGAGAGGAGCCCGGCGCUGGAUUAAGGUAAGCUGCUGAAGGGGUUUUAACCCCUUCAGCCCAGCGGGAGGGGGACCCUGAGGGCGAGGGUCCCCCAAGGAUGCUAUAGUGUCAUGAAAACGAGUUUGUUUUCCUGACACUAUAGUGAUCCUUUAAGUCUUUUUAAGUCUUUUUUAAAGAAUAACACUCUUUGGGUGGAGGCUUCAAAUUGCAUCCUUUUUAACACAUUAAUUCUAUUUAUAACUGAAUUUUGUAACUUUUUUUUAUAUUUGUGUUUAUAACACAGAGUCCUUAGUAAUUAAAACUGAAAAAGAAGCAAUCAAAUGUAUCUAUAUGUAUUUUUCAAGUUAGAGCACUCUUGUUUAAGAAACAAUAAAAAAACUGUUAUCACACAGGUCAAGGAGGUACGAUCAAAUUCAACAUCUAUGUUGUAACUUUUUUCCCCCAACAUUUUCCCCUGAAAUUAUAUGUAUUUCGUUUUAAACAAUAACAUUAUAUUUUCUAAGUUCCUGUAAGUUUUUUUUAACUACCGUAAAAAUAAAUUAAUUUGUUUAGAGUUUGUGUAGAUAUUGCCCUAAGUUUCAGGAUCGUAACGAUGUCACAUGAACUUAACGAUUGAGAUUUCAUGACUGGCCGAGUAGCUGAAAUGAUGAUUCAAACUUUCUUCAUCGUUAUGUAAUCCUGUUAAUAACAUUUCAUAGAUUAAAAAAAAAAAAGUCUGUCCAGUUUUAAAAAGCCAUGAUAUAAAUUGAUGCCCACAUUGAAAAAGCCAUGAUAUAAAUUGAUGCCCACAUUGAAUAAAUAGACCACACCUUACAUUUAUUUUGCAUGAAUAAGCAAUGUACUAUGCCAAGCUUUUGCACGCAUUCUUGAUCUUGUGCAUAGGUUAAAAUCAACCUGCUCUAAACCUGUCUUAUCUUGGAAGGUCAUGACCUUUCAUACCAUAUAGACCAUUUCAUUGUGUAGGCCCAUUCAUUAAUUCUGCAUGUAAGAACCUGGAGUAUCAAUUCACUGGGCAUAUUUACAGCAAUCGUUAUUAUCAAACAGCUUUUGAUAGUUAUUAUCCUGAGUCAGUUGAAGUUUUCUUCAAGCUUUUGACCAACAAGAAGAUAUAUGUAUUUCUUUAAAUAUUGACUGGUAUGUGCACAUGGGUGGGCAUAUUUACAGCAAUCGUUAUUAUCAAACAGCUUUUGAUAGUUAUUAUCCUGAGUCAGUUGAAGUUUUCUUCAAGCUUUUGACCAACAAGAAGAUAUAUGUAUUUCUUUAAAUAUUGACUGGUAUGUGCACAUGGGUGGGGGACCACAGCAAAAAAAAAAAAACAGUAUAGAGGCACAUGAUAACUUACUGGAACAAGAGAGACCAGAUGUAGUGCCACCUGUUAUGCCCCGAGGUGCAGUUGGGUGAUGGUUAAUGUUAUAACUAUGAUCAAUCAGAAGUCUGUCAGGAUGUGCCUUGCUCCUUCUCCCAAUCCCUCUUCUGGGAGGAGGUUAAAAAAUUAUGAGACCCAUAGGAUAACUACUUUGUUCAACUCCUGUUCAGGGAGUGAGGAUAAAAUUAUCAUAGUAGUACAUCUCUCACUCUUUAUACACUCUACGUACACUAUCUACAACAGACAUCUGUUAUCACAGCAUGCAAAGAAGCCAUGUUGUGUGUUCAGAACCCUCCCUCCUCCUUCUUUGCUGCUAGAAUAGGAACGGGAAGUUUGACCUACAAAAGCUGCUGCACAGUCUGGGAAGAGUUUCGGGAGCAUCAAAAAAUUAAUUCAUCAGAAAAACUAAGCAAAUGAGAAGUGAGGGUUUUGGGAGGUUACAUUCACUGUAACAUUUCAAAAAGAAUGUUACCAAGUCUAUGCAUGGGAUGUAAGUGGAUGAUGCAUUUUUUCUGUGAGUGGACUGAAGCAGCUGAAUGAAAAAUCUGAACACAUUCACUCACUCUAUAUAAAAACAUUAAAAAGUGACAUGGAAACUAAAUGUACCUACAUUACUUGGUAAAGAUACAUUCUAUUCAGCCGCAGCCAGUCUGGUUAUUUCUAAUUACCUGAGCUCCUUAUUUUAUUAAUGUUUAUAAAUUAAAGCAGCACAGAACGAUGGAAAUCGAGAUUUACUUACUGGACCGGGAAAUGUCAAAGGAAUUUCAUAUGUUUGGCCAGAAUAACUGAAAUGGAAGAAUUCUCCAACUUGUUCAUUUAUCUGCUAAGACAUUUUGUCCUGACAUUCGUAUUCUCUAAAAUCCCUGUUUAAGUAAAUAAAUCCCUUAGACAUAAGAUAGAUAUUGAUUAUAACAUCUGAUGGGGUUAUUCACUAAACCCUGGAUUUUUUUUAUCCUGGAUGGAUAAAAUCUGGUGAAAGUGACUGCAUUCCAACCGCAACGGCAACUCUCAUAUUAUUUACUAAAGUCAAAUUCGGUCGGCCCGAGUGAAUCUGUAGGAAUCGCCCAGAUGCAUUUGAUGCCUGGAUUAAAAUCAGUGCUAUCGCAUCCAAUCCCAAGACAGUAUAGGAUUUGGAAGAUUCACAAAGCACCAAUAUUGAUAAAAUUCCAGGAGGAUGCACAUUGACGAAUUAUCGAUUACUUAAGUGAAUGACAUUGUAUGUGCUAUAUGCUUGCAAACAGUGCAGGCAGCCAGCGGGUAAAUAGCUAAAGCCUUUUAUGGCACUAGGGUUAUGUAAUACCCAUAUUGACAAAGUAUGGACUACUAGACGUACGCUUCUAGUGCUGAAGCGCCAGGAGCCGAAGAAGAUCACCCAGAAGAGGAUGGAGUUGCCUGUGAUGGACAGAUUCUGGUAAGUUAAACUCACCUUUCUCUGCCACCCCCCACCAACAAAUGGACCGCAGACAGUGACAGUUCUGCUUUAAUUAUUUGGCUGCUAGACAACGCUUGCUGGACAAAUAAAAAAGUAUAGCAGAACCUCCCUUAUAUUAAUAUGGGGGCCUUAUUGGCCCCUAUGGGCAGUUUAUUUAUGAAUUAAUUUAUUUCAUUUAACCUUUUUAAUGCUGCCUUAGAUUUUACCCUGUAACUUUCAAAAAGACUAUAAAACCUGUACAUGGGGGCUACAAUUAUACUCCAGAGACUUUGCUGAACACAAAUAUUAGUGUUUCAAAACAGUAAAACAUAUCACAACAAUGAUAUCAUCAGUGAAAGUGCUGUUUGUGUGUGAAAAUGCAAGAAAGUCACUUUCACUGACAAGAUUAUCACUGUAAUAUGUUUUACUGUAUGUGUGUGUCGGUGAAUGUGUGCGUGUGUCAGUGAAUCUGAAUGAGUGUGUGUGUCAAUGAAUGGGUGUGUGUCAGUGAAUGUGAGUGAGUGCAUGUGUCUGUGAAUGUGAGUGAGUGUGUAUCAGUGAAUGAGAGUGAGUGUGUCAAUGAAUGUGUGUGUUUUUGUCUGUCAGUGAUUGUGUGUGUGUCUGUCAAUGAGUUAGCGUGUGUGUAUGUCAGUGAAUGUGAGUGUAUAUCUGUCAGUGAGUAACUGUGUAUGUCUGUCAGUGAGUGUCUGUCAGUGAAUGUGUAUUUAUGUCUGUCAGUGAGUGUCUGUGAGUGUGUGUGUCCAGUGAAUGUGUGUGUCUGAGUGAUUGUGCGUGUCUGUCAGUGAGUGCAUGUGUCUGCCAGUGAGUGUAUGUGUCUGUCAGUGCAUGUCUGAAUGAUUGUAUGUGUCUGUCAAUGAAUGGGUGUGUGUCAGUGAAUGUGAGUAAGUGUGUGUAAGUGAAUGUGAGUGAGUGUGUCAAGGAAUAUGUGUGUUUUUGUCUGUCAGUGAUUGUGUGUGUGUCUGUCAAUGAGUUAGUGUGUGUGUAUGUCAGUGAAUGUGUGUGUGUGUCAUUGUGAGAGUGUGUGUAUCUGUCAGUGAGUUUGUGUCUGUAUGUCAGUGAAUGUGUGUGUAUAUCUGUCAGUGAGUAACUGUGGAUGUCUGUCAGUGAGUGUCUGUCAGUGAAUGUGUGUUUGUCUGUCAGUGAGUGUCUGUGAGUGUGUGUGUCCAGUGAAUGUGUGUGUCUGAGUGAUUGUGCGUGUCUGUCAGUGAGUGCAUGUGUCUGUCAGUGAGUGUAUGUGUCUGUUAGUGCAUGUCUGAAUGAUUGUAUGUGUCUGUCAGGUUGUGUGAAAUCAGUGAGUGUAUGUCUGUGUGUGUGUAUGUCAGUGUAUCUGAGAGUGUGUGCUGGUCAGUGAGUGUAUGUCUGUCAGUCAAAAUGCGUGUUAGUUAACAGGAAGAGGUGUGGCCGUCCAGGAAGGGGCGGGUACAUUUAAAUUAGGGGGUACCUGACAUCUGUCAGGCCUGGAGCAGCUCCAUAUCAAAAUACACCACUGCCAGGAAGUAGCAGGACUUGUUACCUUAUUGACAACUGGGUGGGUGUAACCAGGUUACUUUAUAAAAGUGCCAAUUUCUACUGAAAUCUGCACUUUUAUUUUUGCAAAAUGAAAAAAGGAGGACACACUCUUCACUCAUAAAGCUUUUCAACACGAAAACACACUUUAGGUGUCUGGAGUGUCCCUUUAAUGAUCAAACAUCACAAAGCACAGCUAACUGAGUUCUGAUUAACAAAGCGUCAUGUACAGUAUGUUUUAGGAUAGGACUGAUGCAUUUUAAAAUGAGUUCCCAGUUUCACAUGCAAAUAUUAACUGUGCUACUCAAUUAGCUAAAUUCUUUCCAAGUGAACUUUUACACAAGUGCUACAUUGAAUGGAAAUAUUUGCUAAAUAAGUAAACGUGCCCCUGCUGGGGACAAUAGGCCACAAAUUCUGUACUGUCAGCUUCCCACUCUGUAGUUUUGAUGUUAAAUUCCACAUCUUCUCUUUGCCAAGUAUUGUGUACACAGACAGCAGACACUGCCUUUAGUAAAAGUUACGAGCACUAUUUUUCAUAUUUUAAACUAUUUAAUAUUAAAAAAAAAUUGUAAACUGUAUUUUUUUAUUACGAUUUAACGACAGCAGACAGCAAAGGAGAGAGAAACAAAACAAGGUAGCACAAUCUAAAUAUUUUUACAGCUGUACCAUUUAUUUAUAGAUGGUAAGCUCCUUUGAGCAGAACAGAACAUCUGUAGUAUUUUGUAUGUCAACUAUCUUUUUUUUAAUAUUCUCAUUCUAUGAUUGUACAGUGCUGCAGAAUAUGUUGGCGCUAUAAAAAUAAUAUGUAAGCCUGUAUGAAAAAAAAGGUCAAAUUCUACACUAGAAGCCAGACCUUGAAGGCUACUUGCCGCUGUCUCUGGUAUACUGACCAGGGGUGAAAUUCUACUUGGUGGUGCUAAAUCUUCCUUCACCAGUGGCUAGUGGCAAAUGGAAAUUUUGAGCCCUGCAAUAUAUAAUGUUGAAACUUGCCAAUAUAUUAUAGCUGUGAUUAUAUAAAAUAACACGUCAGCAUCAACUUAUGAGACAUUUCUGAUCACUAAGCAACAUGGACCAAAGAACAUUACAAAUACUAUAUAUAUAUAUAUAUAUAUAUAUAUAUAUAUAUAUAUAUAUAUUGGUUCAGAGAUUUGAAAAAAAAAGAUUUCAAGGAAAAAGAUGUUGAAAAAAAUGGUUAUUGCCAUUUUAUUUUUGAAGUGUGGGAUGUAAGUAUGGAAUUCAAAGAGUAACUAAUUCUGUUAGAUCUUUAGACAGAUCAGAGGGAUUGGGCGCAUACCUGCCAACAUUUUAAAUGGUCAUUGAGGGACACUUUAAUUUUAGGGGUGUGAGUGGCACUGUGGCCAGAGGCAGGGCUGUAAAAUACAUUUUAAUAUGAUUUAGAACAAGAACAAUGAAUGUUAUUUACACAGACUGAUUCCUAAACACAUUUGUUGUAGUUUAAAGACACAUUACUGGGAGUAUUACUGCUGUGGAGCUCUGCUAUACACUCAGAUACACUAACAAUAUGGAGCUCCUAGAAAAGCGGGUCAUUAGAAUAGAAAAUAGGGACAGUGGGAUUUUGGGCCAAAAAUAGGGACUGUUCUUUCUAAAUAGGGACACUCGGAAGGUAUGGAGUAGGGUAACAUAAUCAUAGGUAUAAUAUAAGUUAUGCGUUUUUUAACGUUAUUUAACUUUGCAUCAUAUACAUUCUCAGAAAAAUAAAUAACACCGGUCAAUAUUGCUCAUGGUCACUGGCAGAAUGAGGAGACAGGACGCUUUUGCUGACAGGUGCAUACAUGUGAUAGUUUGGGAGUUUUGAAGUUGUUAGGGAAGGCACAAGUGACCUCAGAGUGUUCUGUAAACAAACUUGUAUUUUUGGGAUCAGAGCUGUUGAUGCUUGUACCAUGGGUGGGUAGAGAUAGGUGAUCAAUUGUAUUAUCAACUGCAGCACUCGUCACCUGGUCAUUUAGUGGGGUAAGCAUGAUGGGAGUUGCAGUCUGCAAAGCUUUAAGUAUCAGAGGGGGACUUUAGUGAAAGGAUUAUCAAUUGAAGAGCUGCUUAGGGCAAUUGUGUUUAUUAUCAUUGCUCUUCAAGUGCUUAGUUGUCAGACAUGCAAUUUAUUUCACUUAGACUCAACUAAAUUAGCUGAUGAGUCAAGUUUUCCGCACGCCCAUAUAUCUCCUCUCAGUGUUUGAAGCAGCGCAGGUCGCAGCUACGUGGAAAUAUUCCCUUUAAAUUAGUUAUGUAACUGUUUUUGCUGCUAGAAUUCCAUCAGGUAGUGGUGAAACUUUGCUGCAUAGUUGCCACGUUUUCUCUCUUUUAAUUACAAGCUUGCUAUAAAUCAAUCAUUGUGUAGGAGCUUAAUCACAUAUAUUAACCUAAACUGGGUACAAGCACGCUUCAUAUUGGUGUAAAUGGAGAUUAGGGAGGAACUGACUAACGAAAUGGCAAAUUUUUGUCAAAAUAGCCAAACUUGAAUAUUCUCCAGGCCAGCUGUUUUUGCAGCUAAAAUAUGGCCUUAAAUUUUGCAAUAUCCUCGUCAGUUAUUCACAAUUCCUGGUUUAGUGGAUAAAUCCAACUGUUAUUCUGACUCAGAAAAGCUGCACAGAAUGCAUAUUCAGCCAUUGUUUCAAUUUAUCAGAUGCUAUCCUGAUGCAUUCUGUGAUAUAGUUCGGAAGAAUAUGUUGAUUCUAUAUAAAUAAUAAAUAAUUACUACACAUCAGCAAUUACCGAUUGGAACAUCAUGGCGAUUGCUGCUCAUGUAUGGUGCCCAGGGCCCUAGUGCAUUGGAUUGGCCCAAGAUCAACAGUAAUGGUUAUCUCAGGAGAAGAUGAGUGACUGCCAUUGAGAUAAGGACACAACAUUGGAUAAAGGGUAAGUUUAACUUUUCUUUAAUGAAGGGCGGUAAUCUAAAAGGGGAUAAAAAACUGUAACAUUAUAAAUAAAUCUGGAUUCUUUAUGCACUGAACUACCGCCCCAGCAUAAACCUAAGAUAAUGCAUCUGGAUUCCUUAUCUACUGAGCUACCACCCCAGCAUAGACCAGAGAUAAUGCAUCUGGAUUCCUUAUCUACUGAGCUACCACCCCAGCACAGACCUGAGAUAAUGCAUCUGGAUUCCUUAUCUACUGAGCUACCACCCCAGCAUAGGCCUGAGAUAAUGCAUCUGGAUUCCUUAUCUACUGAGCUACCACCCCAGCAUAGGCCUGGGAUAAUGCAUCUGGAUACCUUAUCUACUGAGCUACCACCACAGGAUAGACCAGAGAUAAUGCAUCUGGAUUCCUUAUCUACUGAGCUACCACCCCAGGAUAGACCAGAGAUAAUGCAUCUGGAUUCCUUAUCUACUGAGCUACCACCCAGCAUAGGGCUAAGAAAACGCAUCUGGAUUCUAUAUUCACUAAGUUACCACCCCAGCAUAGGCCUGAGAUAAUACAUCUGGAUUCUAUAUUCACUAAAUUGCCAACCCAGCAUAGGCCUGAGAUAAUGCAUCUGGAGUCCUUAUCUACUAGCUACCACCCCAGCAUAGGCCUGAGAUAAUACAUCUGGAUUCUAUAUUCACUAAGUUACCAACCCAGCAUAGGACAAAGGUAAUGUAUCUCUGAAUUCCUGGUUCCCUGAGUUACCAUGUCAUCAAAGGGCCGACCUAUUGCAUCUAGAUUCCUAGUUCCCCGAAUUACCACCCCAGCACAGAACUGAUAGAAUGCAUCAAAAUCAGACCAGAAUAUUAUUACAUUUAGUAACGGCGGUAAAAAUUUCCAUCACAAGAAAUUGGAAGUCUACAGUAGUAAGCAACUAGCCAGUUAUUAAUGCACAAAUGACAUACCAAUGUAGAGGUAUAACUAAUUUUAUUAACAAUGGAAAAAAUGAGCUCCCAUUUUGGAAUGAAAUACUAAAGGAAUUAUGAGAAGAAACAUAAUAUCAUAUAUAUAUAUAUAUAUAUAUAUAUAUACAGAAUACUAAUUCAGAUGGGUACAAUCUGGAGUGAAGCAGAAAAAAAAGAAAAUGGCACAAGAAUUUACAACAAAGGUCUGAUCUGUAUAGCACUGGCAUCUAUGUUUGUACUCGGGUGUUUACAUUGUUUAUAGUAGCACCUACAGACACCAAGUGACUUGUUUGUAUUUCUGUUAUGUGAUAUGUGAUUAUGUUGUACAUACUUACAUGUACGAAAUAAAUGUAUAAAGAAACUAAAUAAAAAAAAAAAAUUCUAUAAUGCAUCAGGCUUCCUUAUCUGCUGAGCUACCACCCCAGCAUAGGGCCGACCUGAUGCACCUAGAUUCCUAGUUCCCUGAUUUACCAGCCCAGCAUAGGGCUGACCAAAUCCAUCUGGAUUCCUAGUUCCCCGAGUUACCAGCCCAGCAUAGGGCUAAGAUAAUGUGUCUGGAUUCCUAGUUCCCCGUGUUACCAGCCCAGCAUAGUGCUAAGAUAAUGUGUCUGGAUUCCUAGUUCCCUGAGUUACCAGCCCAGCAUAGGGCUAAGAUAAUGUGUCUGGAUACCUAGUCCCCCGAGUUACCAGCCCAGCAUAGGGCCAAGGUGAUGUGUCUGGAUUCCUAGUUCCCCGAGUUACCAGCCCAGCAUAGGGCUAUCCGCCCACAAGGAUGAAGUGUGUGUGUGUGUGUGUGUGUGUAUAGUGGUUGUAGAAUGAGUGUCAUGGAUGCAGUGUGUAUAGUGGAUGUGGUAUGUGUGUCAUGGAUGCAGUGUGUAUAGUGGAUGCAGAUUGUACGUUUUGUGUAAUGUAUGCAAUGUUUGUAUGCAUGCAUUGGAUGCAGAGUGUGUGUGUAGUGAAUGUAGGUGUGUAUAGUGAAUGCAGAGUGUGUGUUUUUGUAGUGGAUGUAGUGUGUUGGUAGUGAGUGCAAAGUGUGUAUAGUGCAUGUAGUGUGAUUGUGGUGAAUGCAAUAUGUGUAUAGUGAAUGUAGUGUGUUUGCAGCGAGUGCAAAGUAUGUAUAGUGAUUGUAGUGAGUGCAAAAUGUGUAUAGUUCGUGUAGUGUGAUUGUAGUGAAUGCAAAAUGUGUAUAGUUCAUGUAGUGUGAUUGUAGUGAAUGCAAAAUGUGUUUGGUGAAUGUAGUGUGAUUGUGGUGAAUGCAAAAUGUGUAUGUGAAUGUAGUGUGAUUGUGGUGAAUGCAGAGUGUGUAUAGUGAAUGCAGUGUUUGUAGUGAGUGCAAAGUGUGUUUAGUAAAUGUAGUGUGCUUGUAGUGAGUGCAACAUGUGUAUAGUGAAUGUAGUGUGUUUGUAGUGAGUGCAACGUGUAUAUAGUGAAUGUAGUGUGUGUGUGUGUGUGUGUAGUGCAGUGUGUUUAGUGAAUGUAGUGUGUGUAGUGCGGAGUGUGUUUAGAGAAUGUAGUGUGUGUGUGUAGUGCAGAGUGUGUUUAGUGAAUGUAGUGUGAGUGUGUGUAGUGCAGUGUGUGUUUAGUGAAUGUAGUGUGUGUGUGUAGUGCUGAGUGUGUUUAGUAAAUGUAGUGUGUGUGUGUGUGUGUAGUGCAGAGUGUGUUUAGUGAAUGUAGUGUGAGUGAGUGCAGAGUGUGUUUAGCGAAUGUAGUGUGAGUGUGUAGUGCAGAGUGUGUUUAGUGAAUGUAGUGUGUGUGUGUAGGGCAGAGUGUGUUUAAUGAAUGGAGUGUGUGUGUGCGUAGUGCAGUGUGUUUAGUGUGUGUAGUGCAGAGUGUGUUUAGUGAAUGUAGUGUGAGUGUGUGUAGUGCAGAGUGUGUUCAGUGAAUAUAGUGUGUGUGUGUAGUGCAGAGUGUGUUUAGUGAAUGUAGUGUGUGUGUUUAGUGAAUGUAGUGUGUGUAGUGCAGUGUGUUUAGUGAAUGUAGUGCGUGUGUGUGUGUAGUGCAGAGUGUGUUUAGUGAAUGUAGUGUGUGUGUGUGUGUAGUGCAGAGUGUGUUUAGUGAAUGUAGUGUGUGUGUGUAGUGCAGAGUGUGUUUAGUGAAUGUAGUGUGUGUGUAGUGCAGAGUGUGUUUAGUGAAUGUAGUAGUGUGUGUGUGUAGUGCAGAGUGUGUUUAGUGAAUGUAGUGUGUGUGUAGUGCAGAGUGUGUUUAGUGAAUGUAGUGUGUGUGUAAUGCAGUGUGUUUAGUGAAUGUAGUGUGUGUUUAGUGAAUGUAGUGUGUGUGUGUGUAGUGCAGUGUGUGAAUGUAGUGUGUGUGUUUAGUGAAUGUAGUGUGUGUGUGUAGUGAAGAGUGUGUUUAGUGAAUGUAGUGUGUGUGUGUAGUGCAGAGUGUGUUUAGUGAAUGUAGUGUGUGUGUGUAGUGCAGAGUGUGUUUAGUGAAUGUAGUGUGUGUGUGUGUAGUGCAGAGUGUGUUCAGUGAAUGUAGUGUGUGUGUGCUUGUAAGGAUGCAGUGUUUGUGUAAAGGAGGGGGGAGGGGAGUAUUUAAAAAAAAAUAUUUGUGUAUAUUUAAAAUUUAAAUUUUAUUCCCCCCUCCCGGUUCUUACCUGGCCAGGGAGGGUGGAGAGCGCAUUCCCUGGUGGUCCAGUGGCAUGGUGGAGGGAGCCAGCCGCGUUACAUUGCAGAGGGGGGCCCAGCAGCACACACUGUCUUCCUUUCCAGUUCCUCUCUGACGAACUCUCGCGAGACCAGCCUGCGUGCUGUGCGGAGCGUUGCCAUGGUAACCUGUGGCAACGCUCUGGCGGCCGCAGGAGAGUUAGAAAGAGAGGAGCUGGAAGGAGGACAGAGUGUGCUGCUGGGCCCCCCUCUGCAAUUUACAGGUAGGGGGGCCCUCAGUGCACAGAUAUAUAGCGAAAAGCGCUAUAUAUAUGUGCACAUAAGGAAUGUGGGGUUCAGACUGCCAGAGCAGUCCGGGCCCCCCAGGACCGCCGGGUCCAUGACAACCGUUAUGGUUGUCAUGCCCUGAUGGCGGCCCUGAUUUUUCAUACUAGUACAUUUAGUAAGAAGUAAAGAAAGAAUCAAUUUUCACCAAGUGUCUUUUCUGUAACUCACACCCACUUGCUGUUAUAGUUUGCAGAGCCUCAUUUAUAUGAGCAAAGUUUUUCCAAACAGUUGUUGGGCAGCUGCAGUGUCUGUUCGUUUCUGCUUUGGAAGCUUUCCCCAAAUAAUAGGCCAGGGGGAAACACGGAGUUAUGGUUUGCAGUCUGUUUGUGGAAAAUUGUAAUGAAAAACAGUUUUACCAGUAAAGACCACUUUUAUAUUUAUAUGGAAACUGCAAUUGCUCUGUAUGUAGUGAAAAAAUAAAAUAGAAUUGAGGGAUACAAAGCAAGAAGCUUUGUUGUGGUUUACAAAGGCUUUGGAGGCACAACAUUUGCAAAUGUAAACUUUUACGUCUCUUAACCCAUUGCAAACCACAAGCAAUUUAUUCUCCCAGUGAUUUUGGAAUCUGGGACACAGGUGUACUAUCUGACUGCUUAUCCAAUUUAUUUUGCUGCCCACUGAUAAUUUAUGAUGCAAUAUUUAAUUUACUAGAUCAAAGCUCACUUAGAUGAAAAAAAAUAAACAAAAAACACAUGGUCUCCAGUACUUAAAAAAAAACAAAAAAAAUUUUAAAAAAAGAAAGCCUGGCACACUUUUUGUAUAGAAUGUGGCAAAUUAAUAAAAUGUGUUUUAUUGCAUUUUUUUUGUUCACCAUAGCGAUACACUGGGAAAGAUUUUUCAAAGUGUUCUGAAAACAUGCUGUUGAUUUCCGUCAUUAUUAGAAUUCUAGAAUCAUCUAAAAAUGUAUGGGUUUCUUCAGAGUAAAAUCUGCCAGUUUUCAGAAAUUUCAGAAAGCUUACAAAUUCCGAGUAGUAGAAUUUAGAAAAGAAAAAUAGAAUCAUUUUAUGUUGGAAAAAGUGGCAGAAAGAUUGCUAAUUCCAUUGCAAAAAUGGCAUAUAUAGUAAAUGAUGUUUGGCGUGCAAAAUUGCAAUUACAAUUAUUUAUAUAGUGCCAACAUAUUCUGCACAUCUAUACAAUAGGUAAGCAAGAUAAUUAAUUCUCAUAGAAUAUGUAUUAGAUACGGAAACAGUAGGUGAAAAAGGCCCUCACCAAAUAAAUUUAAUCUAAAGAGAAGCAACAAAUGAAAAAAUCCAACAGUUAAUAAAUUGUGCUGAAAAUUAUACAUAGAAUGUUGAUAAAUUCCACCCAUAUUCUGUAAGACAGAUAAUGUAAGCAUGUGUGAAAUAUGCUUGAAAAAGCAUGCCUCCCGACAUUGAGGCUCCUUUGGUGGUGCAUAAAGGACCAAUGUUGACCUAAGGUGCAUGCGUGGCGAGGACUGCAUUCUCAUUCUAACUUUUUUAUAGGAAAGCAUUGAAGUAUUACUUGGUCAGUGCUACGGAAGCCCAAGAUGAGCUAAAACUAGCUUGAGAUCUGAGCUUGGACCCACCGAAGAGCAGGCUAAUUGAGCUGUUCUGUUCUCAGUACUCUCUUGAAACUUUUUUUUUUUUCAAUCUUAUUUACACAGACUGAUUUCUAAACACAUUUAUUGUAGUUUAAAGACACCUUAUUGUGAGUAUUAUUGCUGUGGAACUCUGUGUGAUACACCGAGGCACACCAACAAUAAUGGGUUCCUAGAAAAGAAGGACAUUAUAACAGAAAAGAGGUGCAGAGGAAUAGGAUCCAAAAUAUGGAGAAUUGGGAAAUGUGAAGAAGCAAUUGUAUAUAAUAAAAUCCUACUAUGGGAAACAAGAAACAAUCCUACUAGGGGUUGGAACUGCAGUCCGUGGCUGGUUUCUUCUCAUAGAAAUAAAAAUCAUGUUUUGAAUUUAAUGUUUACUUUUUUUUUUACUUUUUAAAAAAGCUGUGAUUAAAACAAUGUCUAUUGCUAGGGGUAUCUGCAGAAAAAAAGUCUGAAGUCUGAAACAUGAGGCCUGGCUGUGUCCAUUUGCAUGUCAAACUCUGGGAUAGUUCCAGUCCAACAAAAAGUUACAGAAUAUGAUCAUACAUUGCAUAGGCCUGCCACAACACCAGUGUCAGGUCCUAUCCUAGCAACCUAAUACCUUCUCUUUUCUCUUAUGAGAUUAACUUACUUGAGUAUCAUUCCAUCUUGGGCUCUCUGCAGUUCAAGGUUAAAUAGGUUUAUAUAUAUAUAUAUUCCAUAAAUACAUUAAAAUUCAAAAGUCCAGAAAACAGGAACCAUCACAUUUAAGCAUGUUUCUGACCCUCUUCCUGCCUCUAUGCUCUAUGUUGAGUGACAGGUGCAUAUGUCCCAGCUAACAAUGAUUGAAAGGGAGCCAACGUGGAGGCACUCCAGAAGGAAACUAAUUACAGCGGUGUAGAUUUCUGAAUUUCAUUUUAUUAUUCAGAACUUACAAGCACUUAUUUAUUAAAUAUAUAUAUUGUAAGCAGAAAGUAAACAUUAUAUUCAAAAUAAUGAGAAGGGACUAAUCCCCUUUAAUUUGCGGUUGAAUUUUUUUUCCCCAAACAUGCUGACCUAUAUAUAAAUAUUAACUUGUAUAUAAAUAUAACUGUUUUAAUAAGGCAAUAGAUAGGAUAUCAUCUCCUUUUUGGACCUGGACACAUUUUGUAUCCUGCAUUUGUCAACUGAUAAACUAAUCUUAAAUGGAAAGGAUGAACAUGGCAUAACAGCUUAAGGUGAAAGUUUUGCAUUCUUCAUAAAAGACGAUAAGGAAUGAAUUUUGCUCUUGGAGAUCACAGACAAAUGUUUGAAUAGCAAGGGAAUGACUUCAAUGGGCUGUUUAAUCUAAUAGGGCAAUAAAUAACCUCAUGUGUCAUUGGAAUAUUAUGAACUCUGUUUGAAAACAGUUUACCCUCUUGUGUAUUGUGCCGUUGGUAUGCAAUGUUGCAUAUUAAGAAGAAAUAUUAUUUGCUAUGAAUAUUAUCUAAGCAGUAUCCAUGCUUAAAAAUAUGUGAUAAAAAACUGGGAUUUAACUCAAUUAUAUGUUUUACUUUUCAUUUAGGAAAUGGCUUAAAAUUACUUGUUUAAGUGAACUUUGUUUAAAACAGGCUACGUCUGCAGACCCUAUCUCAUUAAUAUAGGUAGCAAACUUUUAUCAACCUCUUAGAAAUAUAUAUAUAUACACUGAUCAGCAACAACAUUAAAGCCAUUGACAGGUGAAGUUAACAACAUUGAUCAUAUCGUUACAAUGGCACUUCUCAAGUGGUGGGGUAUGUUAGGCAGCAAGUGAGCUAUCAGUUCUUGAAUUUUAUGUGUUGGAAGCAGGAAAAAUUGGCAAGCAAAAACAUCUGAGUGCAUCUGACAAGGGCCAAAUAGUGAUGGCUAGACAACUGGGUCAGAAUAUCUCCAAAAUGACAAGCUUUGUGGGAUGUUCCCGGUAUGUCGUGGUUAGUAGCUACCAAAAGUGGUGCAAGGAGGACAAGCGGAUUCAGGGUCAUGGGCACCUAAGGCUCAUUGAUACACAUGGGGAGUGAAGGCCACAUCGUCUGGUCUGAUCACACAGAAAUGCUACUGUAGCUCAAAUUGCUGAAAAACUUAAUGCUGGCUGGGAUAGAAAGGUGUCAUAGCACAGUGCAUUGCAGUUUGCUGCUUAUGGGGCUGCGUAGUCGCAGACCGGUCAGAGUGCCCAUGAUGACCCCUGCCCACCACCAAAAAAUGCUUCCAGUGGGGAUGUGAGUAUAAGAAAUGGAUUAUGGAGCAAUGGAAGAAGGUUGCCUGAUCUGAUGAAUCAUGUUUACUUUUAGAUAAGGUGAAUGGCUGAGUGCAUGUGCAUCGUUUACCUGGGGAACAGAUUGCUUGUAGAAAUUUACCACUAGUGAGUGCUUUGGACCCACCAGGCUUGUUGUGGCAAGUAACUUUCAAGGUUUGACUAGUAGCCCAAGACUUGAAAAUGUAAGCUCCGUAUAUAUACCUCGCAGGCAUGUAAUUCCCACUAAUCUCUUUGUAAAAAUGAUAAUAUAUGAUCUACACUGGUGUAAUGUAAAGAAAUGUAAAUAAAAUAUUUGAUACCUUUUGGCCUAGGUGUGCCAUGUACAUAUGAUAAUUCCCACCCCUCAGGCCAAAGUUCGGCAGCACUCAUAUCGUCAAAAUCAAUGCAUAAUUGGUCCCUCUCACACACAUACAGGAUAAACUUACAUGGAAAGCUCCCCUUUGAUUCACAUGACAAGUAAAUGUUGUUAUGUCUACCACUUACGUGAAUGAAUAGGUGGCCCAGGGAAAUAUUUUAAGGUGGUGUUUUUCAUUUUCUAGAUAUGGAACUGAUUCAAAUCUAGAAGUGCUUUGAACGUCAGUAAUUUUCUCAUGGAAGGAAAACAAGAUGAUAUCGUCAUUACAUUCUUUGGUUUCCAGUAAAAGAAAUACGAUCCCAUAUAGUAUACCAUCUUAUAUUCUUUAACCCCUUAAGGACCAAACAUCUGGAAUAAAAUGGAAUCAUGGCAUGUCACACAUGUCAUGUGUCAUUAAGGGGUUUAAGGGAAAUUAUUAAAUGUAUAAAUGUGUCACAUACUUGAGGCACAUGAAUAUUUUGCAAAGGAAAUGUCACAUGUGGUUCGGGCCCUUUUCUAUAGUGUGAUGCCAGCUAAUAUCCAUUUUAGAUGACUCAGACCUUUUGUGUUUUCCCCUAUUUCCCAUGAUUCCUUGCAGGAGCACUUUUUCGCCACUGCAUUCUCAAUUGCUAAUUAACACUCUAAGUGCAGAAUUGUCAGUCUAGAAAAGCUGGUGAACCCACAACCUCCGAAGACAAGAAUCACUGCAUGUUUGCUUCAAUAAUUUUAUAAACUUUGAGGGAAACUGUGGGAGCUAUUGUGGGUAGAAGUGCUAAAUAAUAACCAUUCACCAUGGAAACCAAUUGAAUGUAUCUCAAUGUUUAGCACCAAGGAUAGCUCCUGUUGUGCUUUGAUAAAUCUCCUUCUGUGUAGCUGGUCGUGAGUGUUAUUGAGACCCUUUUGUGUUGCAGAAAUAAGGUAGAAUUAAACGUUACAGGUCACCUUCAGAUGUUUUUUUCCUUUUAACACAGAAGGAAGCAGGUUUACUCUGAUUUCUAGAUUUCUAACUCAGAUCAUAUCAAAAUAUAGCAUGUGUCAGUAUAAAAUUAUACGACAGCCAUUCUAUCCCUUUAACUAACUAUAUACUCAUGUUUGGUUGUUAAGAGCUACAGCUUUGAUUUGCGUACAUGAACUGACAGCGAUCUGGAUGGCUGGCAUAAACUGCAUCCAAAUUUGGAUACAUUUUAUCCUGUUCUCGUGUGAAUGUUUGGGUAACAUGACAUUUACAGUCAUCCUAAGGCCUCUUAUGUGGAUUAUGAUCCAUGAUGCAGAGUUUUAGAUUAUUUAGAACAGAAUCAUUUGUUGUUCCCUAGCUGGUAUGAUCAUCCAGUAGUACAGUGAACAUCCUAAGGAAGCGAAGGAGAAAGGUAUUUGAAUUGAUUUCCUGUAAAUCAUUUCAACAGAAUACAUCCAUGUGGAAUGCUGUUGAUACCUUAUAGAGUCAAUGCCCAACUAAGUUGGGUAGUAGGCAGUUCUCUUGGCAAAAAUGGGUGGAAAUCAACAUUAGGAAUGCGUGCUAGUGAAUAGUAUGCAAAUGAUAUCCAUUUUUUUAUUGAGGUUAUUAGCAGUACUAACCCGAACAGCCUGUUCCCUUUCAUCCCGCCAAUGAAACUCUGGCCUGUUGACUUAGCAGGUCAAUGUAGUACAUGCCUGGAUCUAAUGCCAUACCAUCACACAAACCCUUCUUGCUCAUGCCCAUUGCCGUCUGAAUAGCUUGCGUACAUCAUACAUGUGUUUUUCAGUUCUAGGAUUGACUUAUUUUAUUCCCUUCAUCUUCACCUAUUGGAGUUAACAGAUUACUUGAAGAUAAUUUUUGAUUCUGAAUUACCAACUCACUGUUUCAUGAUGAAAUCUUAUAUUUGAAACUUAUAAAUAAAAUAAAAGAAUAUAUAGAGUAUAUUUAAUGAGCUAUGAAUGAGCAACACACUCAAGUGAUUUUAGUAAAUAACUCUUGGUGCAUUACACAAUAAUGAUAUCCAUCAGUAAUUGUUAAUUCAUGUGUCUGUGUGUGUGUGUGUGUUUGUAUGUGUGCCUGUGUGUGUCUGUGUCUGUGUCACUGUGCAUGUGUCUAUGUGCUUUGUGUAUCUGUUUGUCUGCAUGUGUGGAGAGGGUAAUGUAUGGGAGGGGGAGGAUAGAGGUAUGGGGAGAUGGCGGUGGGGGACGUAUGGAAGUGGGAGGAUAGACGUAUGGGGGGAUGUUGGGUGUAGACAUAUGGGGGGAUGGGGGGGGCUUAGGGCAAUUUUCCUGUGUUCCUGAAAAUAUUUCCUUCCUCAGUCUAUUCUGUAUAUUGGACUUUACUGAGCUAUAUCUGCUUGUUUUUUUGUUUGUUUUUUCCUCUGGUACUUGACAGACUAAUGUUAUCAUCAGACAUCUUCCUUCAUUGUUCCCAAGACAGUUCUCUAAUCAUCUGUUUUAUUCUUUAUUGCUGCUAAAAGUAGAAACAUGUGAUUUCAAUUACAUAUUUUGCCACACAAGCAGAAUUUAUCUAACUAAAAUAAAAAUCUGUGACAUGUUCCCAGGCCCCAAUAUUUUAACCUUGAUCCUUGCCCUGUAUGUGAGUGGGUAGAGAGCUAAUAUUUUCGUAUUUAUGGUAGCUUGUAUUAAAAUGUUUCAAUAAACAAUUAAGCAAGUGCUGUGUGACUAUGUUUAUUCAAAAUUCUAAAAAUACUGAAAACAAUCAUCUAUUGCAACCCCAUCAUGCCCUGAUUUUGGUCAUGCCAUCUCCAUGAAGUAUGUGGGCAGUGAGGCACUGUAUGUGAAUAGUCAUGUUUUCUGGAUUACUGUACAAUAUGUAUAAGGACUAUCUAGAACUGGGGUAGGCAGCCUUUUGCAGUCCAGAUGUUGUGGCUACAUCUCCAAUAAUGCUUUUAGAGCCAUAAUGCUGGCAAACGUAGCAUGGGAGAUAAAGUCCACAACAUCUGGGAUGUCGAAGGUUGCCUACGCCUGAUCUAGAAAAUCUGAUUUGAAGGAUUAUUUAAAGAACUGUGCAAAUACAAGCAUAUAGUGAUUGAUUCUGUGUGUGUGAUGUGAUUAAUCAAAUUAAUUAAAUACAGCGGAUCACGUACAGUUGAAUGCUCUUGAGUUCAAUAUUCAUUCAUUCCCCUGUAGAAAGGCUAAUGUAGCAGGAAAACUUAAUCUAACCUGAUAGGGUCUCCUGAACCUUGUGUUCCUUUCUGUGUACAUGCAUACAGAUAUAUCUUGAUCAGUGGUGGAACUACUGCGGUCACAGGGGUUGCAGCUGUGACCAGACCCGUCACUCUAGGGGGCCUGGACGCCCUGCAGACCCCUGCGACCACGGUGCCUGCCGGCUAUGUAAUGCCAUGUAAUGCGUGGUAUAACUGCCGGGGCCGUAUUGAAUGGGCCCAUCGGGUGGCCCAUGCUGUUAGGGCCAAUGGAUGGCAAUGAAUUGCCAGGGGGCCCAGUCAGUGCUGCGGUGCUUUAACAGUGCAACCGGGCCCACUUUCAUGACAUCACAGCUGGGAGGAAGUGAUAUGUCUAUGUGUCUGUAUAUGUGUGUCUCUGUGUUUGUAUGUGUCUGUAUGUAUGUGUGCCUGUGUGUGUGCCACUGUGUAUGUGUAUGUGUCUAUGUGCGUGUCUGCACGUGUAUCUGUUUGACUGCAUACGUGGGGGGAUGUAUGGGAGGUGUAUAGAGGUAUGGUGGGAUGGCGGGGGAGGGAAUGCAUGGAAGUGGGAGGGUAGAUGUAUUGGUGGAUGUUGGGGGUAGAUGUAUGAGGUGGGGGGGCCAAGGCAAUUGUUGCACCGGGGCCCCAUGGUUUCUAGUUAAGCCUCUGAUCUUCAUAUCUCUUUUUAAACAUACAUAGACAAGCACUUACACACACAUACACACACACAUAUAUAUAUAUUGAUCAGUCACAACAUUGAAACCACCUGCCUAAUAUCAUAUAGAUCCCCUUUGUGCUGUCAUAAGAGUUCUGAUGUUUUGAUGUUUUGAGGCAUGAACUUCAUAAGACCUCUGAAGAUGUACUGUGGUAUCUGGCACCUAGACAGCAGCAAGUUGUGACUUGGAGCCUCCAUGUAUCGGAUUUGUUGUCCAAGCACAUCCUAUAGAUGCUCAGCUAGAUUGAGAUCUGGGGAAUUUGGAGGCCCAGGCAUAAUUUUGAACUCAUUGUCAUGGAACUACAAAGUAUCCACUCCGCAUAUAAAUAAAUCAAAUAGGUUUGAAAUUACUUAUUUCAGAAUUCAUUGACUUGGUCAGAUUUGUUUGAUCAAAAGCCAGUUAUUGUGUUGAAUACAAAAACAGUUGAAUAUUAAGGUUACUUAAAUUACCGUCGUGCUUCAAAUCCAGUUGAAAACUUAAAUGUUCUUUCACGCUUUAUAAAAAUAAACAAUAAUUUAAAGUAGGAACAAAAGGUGCAAGCUCUAGUGAGAAAAGCCAAAAAUGUUAAACUAGCAUACAGGACAUCUUGCUUACAUUCUAUUAUAGUACUGGAUCUUAAAGGGACACUGUCAUUUAACUGUUUUCCUGUUUUUUUUAUUUUUUAUUUUUUUAUUUUAUUAUCCUCGAUAUUUAAUUUUAGAUUUUUUUGAGGUCAUAAAAAGAAAGUUUUAUAUACAAAUCCACACUUCUAUAUUUAUUUCUAUCAAAGCAAAUUAAGGUCUCGGUUUAAGCUGUUCAAAUGGUUUAAUAUGUUUGGAUAAACUUUUUAAAUGAUUUAAUAUCUUGAAAAAUAUUUAAAUACUUAAAUGUAUAUUUUUGCUAUGUUGACAAUUGCUUUCAUAGAAGGCAUGUUUUUUAUAUCUGAAAAAAUAUAUUUUCAAUGUUUAUUCAAAAAUAUUAAAUCAUAACUAUAAAUAUAAGAGCAUUUAGCUUGUCUUUAAUAUGUAUCAGUAUAGCAAACCACUUAUUUAUUGUUUCAUUUCUCAUACUUAUGUCCUAGAAGGUGUUUUUUAUAGAAAUGCUGCUUCAAUGCUCAUCUCUUGUACAACAGGUUUUAUGAAUGAACUCUGUUGAUCAAAGGGUAAGUAGAAAUUUUAGGGGGCACAUAGAUGGCUGGUUUUAGCUGUGAACCCAUGUAUCUUCUUGGUCAUGCCAAUGUCAUAGACAUUUGUCAUGCUAAGAUGUCUGGAUGUCUGAAAAAGGGGAAUACACAAAAACAACAAAGGUUUUUUUUCAAAAAUACCAUAAAGCAAAGAAAGAAUAAAGGAAAACUGUAAUGUAUUUCUAAAACAUAGAGGAUGACAGAUGAAAGAAACUACAAAUAAAAUAAAUGACCACUUUUGGAAAUCUCACAUGGUUAGUAGUGCUGACAAGUAGGAUUGUGCAUGGGAAAAUAAAAAAAAUUGUGAAAAUAGAACAUUUUUCGGCACACCUAAAAUUUAUGUUGGUUUGGUUUUGCAAAAUUUCGGUAACAAAAAUCUGAAUCAGAAAUGAAUCAGAUGAACCAAUAGGGUGCAAAAAUGGGUCAAUCACCAUACUACAAAAUAUAUACAUAACUUAAUAUUCUGUAUACAUUUUGCAGUACACUGAAAUGAGCAUUUUACCACCAUUUAGUUCACAGCUCAAGUGAGAAAAAGUAACCAACAGGAGGGAAAUUAAAUAUUUAAAUUAAAUACGUAUAAAUAUUAUAAAUAUAUAAUAUAUUAAUAUUGUUUUUUACUGCUCCUUCUUUGUAUCCCUUUAGUUUACUUCUCAUUUGAUGUGUGAAUAAAAUCAACAUUUAGUGAUUGUCCCUUAUCAAUCAUCUCUUUGUUUGGUGUAAUGGUCAGAUUCAGAAUUAUGAGUUAAAACGUACAUGGUCGGCUGUUGCGCGACUCGUUUAGUUUGAGUUGAAUACAUUUCGGCUAAGAGUUAGGGAAUUUGACCAAUCACUCAAUCGGCUCAAAUUCAGGCGAAUUUCACUUUGUCUUGAAAUGAAUCUCUGAAUCUAUCACAGAUGAUCAAGCAAAGGUGGUGAAUGCAAAAGUAGAUUAUUUUUGUAGAUUACAGUAACAUCUUUUGGUUUUAAUUUCAGGCUGAUACAGAUCAAUAUGCUAAGGCAAUCAUGUUUACAAAUAUUGUUUCAUAUUUGUUUAAUUCAACCUAAUUUAAUGUGGCCCAAUAUUCUUUACAUUUUGAAAAAUCCUCAAAUCGUAGUAUGAAUGGAAAGUUACAUUUUUCUGGAAGUUGAUUUCAGUGAUCCUGUACUUUUGACAACUGCGCAACAUAUGUGACUACAGAUGUUAUGUGUCUUCGAAUUUAUGCACACAUAGUUUCCAUUUGUAACACAAGAUAUUCUUAAAAGGUUUCCAUGGUAACCAAUGUUUUGAGUCAAUAUUUUUUAAAUGAAUGCCAGAAGUUCUCGAUGGGUAUGAACCAACGUGUCUAAUUUAAUCUUAUGUUUUAAUGGUAAUAGAGGGCCUGCUUACAAUUAGUCACUGGAUUUUUAAGAACCUCAUUUAAUAUUCUGUCAGUACUAUCAGAUCAUCUCUGGUGAAAAAUCUCAAAUCUGUUAGUGGACUUGCCCACUGCAUAUAAAUAUCAACCAGUUCACCUUAUCAGUACAAGAAUUUGCUUUUAUCUCUUAGAAUGUAGAAUGCAAUGCAGAUGACAUCAAACCAUGAAAAAUAGCAAUGCUGCAGCCCCAGCAGAUGUCUAACAUAACAAAUAAUAAAAAAAUAAAAAAAAACUUACAAUAAUAUGAUGUAUACAAUGAUUUAGAUCAGGAGCUAGAUAAUGAGAAGAAUGUCAAACAAGUUGCAACAGGGGCUGAAGCUUUUCUGCACUCAAACCAGUGUUUAUUAGCCAUAACAAAAGUGAUCGCACAAAAGAGCACUACUUCUAAAAGGUACUCUUAUGCUAAUGAUACGAUAUUAGUGCUAAAGUCAUAGAGCUGAUGCCAAGCACGUUAGCACUGAAACAUAGCAUGGGUGCUGCUUUGACCCAGUUUUGAGUAAGGAAGUACUACUGUUUUAGGUCUAGAUUUUCAUUUCUUUUAUCUAUUGUAUAAAUUAUAAGGCUCUGUGAAAUUUUGCUCCUGUCCCUGAUCCUACCAUUGCUACUGACUCAAAUCAAACCUAUAAGAAUUAUCUCAAACAUGUGGAAUCUGAAAGCAAUGUUUUGUGCAGCCUGCCUGUUAUAAUCUCCGUCUUAUAAUAGUGAUACAGUCUCAUCAAUCAAUUUCUAAGCUGGAACUAAGGAUGCCUGGUGAACCUCUCCUACAACUUGUAAGAUCUUCAAUCCCUAAACACUUGAAUGCAUCAUGAACUAUUAUAAAGUCAUUUCAAAUUCAGAUCAAGUCUAGUUCCACCACUGUAUAUAUUUAUAAGUACUUAUUUCAGUUUUAUUUCAGUUUUAAUCCAAUAUUUUACCUGUCUCAAUUUGGCUAUGUGACUUUAUUUCUAUGUUACCUAUGCAAUCUUAUUGUGUCUUCCAUUUAAUUAGUGUGAUAUAUUACUUAUUAUAUGGCACAUGGUAUGCUGCCAACCCUCUUUCCAUUGUUAUUAUCGAAAUGUCUCAUCUUUCUACAGAAUUAUUGGUUGGCCACCUCGUUCUAUGAAACUAUUGGUUGGCCACCUCUUACAAUGGCACUAUUAGUAGGCCACCUCUUUUUGUGAGACUAUUGGUUGGCCACCUCUUUCUGUGGGACUAUUAGUUGGCCACCCCUUUCUCUGGGACAUCUUUCUCUAUGUAACUAUUGGUUGGCCACCUCGUUCAGUACAACUAUUGGUUAGCCACCUCUUUUUAUGGGUCAUGGGUAGGCCACCUCUCUAUAUGGACCAUUUGUAGGCCACCUCUAUGUGGGAUUAUUGGUUGGCCACCUGUUUCUUUAGAACUAGUGAUAUUCCACCUCUUCAUAAAUGACUAAUAGUAGGCCACCUCUAUUUAUAUGACUAAUAUUAUGACAACUCUUGCUAAAUGACAUAUAGUACAAUAUAGAAGUCUACAUGGCUAGCGUUAUCACCUCUCUAUAUAUGAGUAUAUAGGAGCACAUCACAUCACCCCUAUCUAUAUGACAAAUUCAAUUACAGUGAUUUCUACAUAAAUAAUGCUAUAACUCCCAUUUCUUGGUGAGAAACAGUCAAGUGCAUUUAUCUAUGUUUUUGAAACCCUCUUUCUUUUUGGCUAGUGUUAUAACACCACUUUCUACAUGGAUAGCCCUAUAAUCCUUCAUUGUAUGUGCUAAAUAUUGCACCUUUUUCGGUAUGAUCAGUUUAUUCAUCUAUUUCCAUGUGACCCGUAGACUGUUCUGUUAUUACUGGUAGCAUACCAUAUCUUUUUGUAUGAAAUGGUAUUCAAUAUUUUUUGUAAUAAUAAUAUGUAUGUUUAAUUAAUUACAUCCCACUACCUGCUGUUUUAAUUAUGAUUAUUCCAACUUUAUUUAUUUUCGAUAAAAAGAAAAUCUGUCCUCCACCCUAUUUUGUAGGUCUGUGUUGUCCCCUUCUAAUAACCUUUAUGGGUUUUUUUUUCAUUAUCAUUUUUCAUUGUUUUUAAGCAUAUUCCCAAUUGUUUGAUGAGCAGUUAUAUAUUUUUUUUAUUGCUAGGUUAUUUUUAUGUGCCUCAACCAAUUAAAAAUGCUUUUCUCUCAGUUUUUAUUAGCGUUUGUUCUUCUAUAUCUGAUAUGUAAAGUACCCUUUGAAAUCACCUUUUCGUUUGAUUUGCAGCCUCAUGUAUAUGUAUAUACACCUAACCUCAUUGCAUCACAAAUCACGAAAUACAUAAUGUAUAUAAUAUAGACCUCAUGUUUAUCUUCCUGUGGGUAAAUAUUAUGAAUUUAAUAAUCCCAGUAAAUAAAUCCUAUUUAGCUAAAAGUCUAUUCAAAUAUUUCUGUAGCUUUACAUUAAAAUGCAGGUGACAUUUUGAAGGGGGUCUGUGCAUCUCGGCAUUAAGAUUUUUUAAUGCAUUGGAAUAUGUAAAACGUUCGUACUAUUAAAACAUCACUAACAUCUGCAAGAAAUAAUUCAUUUAAGAAUCCCUUUGAUGUUAUUCCCAAGAAAUGACAGUUACCUCGCCCAAUAUAGCUUGUUUUAUGCGGCUCACUUUUUAUAUCAAACUUAAAUAAUUUCACUAAGAUCAUUUCCAUAGCUUAUGGGCAAAAUGUGAGUUUUUAUUGUGAUUACAUUUGAGUUACUACCUCUGCUGAUUGGGGUGAUGCCCUCAUGCAAUCUUCGUUAACCAACUUGAGGAAAGUCAAUUCUGAAAUUCAUUGAGUUUUUUUUUUUUUUUUUUUAUCAAACUAAUGAUUUGAUGGGAGGAAAAUAUAUAUGUAAAUUCUAAAGCAGUCUAUCCUAGCUUAAAAAAUUGAGAGACGAAAAAAGCAAUCUUCGGUAGAAAGUAGCUCCCAAGAGUAAAACUACCUGAUUUGCAAUUCCAACCGCAAUAUAGAUUUACUUAUUUAAUAUCAGAUGAGGCUAACUUUUAUAGAUUAUUAUAGUAGUAUGGCUUUAAUGAUUGCUUGCUGUAUAAUUUUGCUACGCAAUUCCGUAACCUUUGAGAUAGUUAUCACAAGAGCGAAAAAUGUAAAAUGUUAUGAUCAUCCUAUGAAUGGUUUGGAUGUGUUAACAUUAUCAGUGGAAAACGUAUUUACUCAUCCAUCAAGAUAAAAUGUUAUUGUUCUUUAACAAAGGCGCUGUGAUGUCUUCCGAGUCAAGACUAAACUUUAAGAUUAAUAUGUCUGCCUGUGAAUUUUUCAUAAUGUUUUAUACUAGAAAGAAGAGUUAUGCUGCAUUUGAGAAAUUCGGUGGGUGUUUUAAACACCGCGCUUAGAAAUAGUUUAGGUUAAGUGUAGUAGUUACAUAUACUUUUGACAAUUAUUGAGUAGGUGUUGUAGGAAAAAUGUUUAACAUACUUAAGGAAUUUGUCAUGUAUGUAUAUGUAGAAAAAUAUAAAUAUCUUGCUGAUGCUAGGAGUCUAUAAAUUCUCAUAUCCAAUAGAAAAAAGUACUAUAGCACUAUUUAGCAUAAAACAUGACAUUGUAGACCUGUCACUUGUGUAGAUGUUGAGUGUGUGUACCUUUUUGAAAAAUGUAUGUUUUAAGGUAUAAUUCUAGAUAACCAUAACCUCUGCAUAACCUUAGAAUGAAUGGCCCCAUCCCCUGUUAUUGGUCAAUCUGUUGUCAAGUGGUUUGAACAAAACUGGGGCACCCAUCACCCUACCCCCUACUCAGCUACUGUUAAUGUCCACAACAGUGUUACUCUUGUGAGUGGACUUUAUAGAGUAUUUCAACUUCAACUACCCAUUUAUAUUUUAUAAAUGUUCUCCAUAACUUUACUGUUUUUUUCUCUUUUUGAAUCCUUUGUCCAUGUUUUUUUAACAAAAAUUCCACCCUCCCCACCAAAAAAGCUAUUUGUUGAAAGAUGAAUCACUAAGUAUGUUAUUGUUAAAAUUUCUUUUAUAAAAUGAGAAAUGUAACGAAAAAGAAACGUAAUGAAAUCAUUGUCUAACUAUGGUGCGUAUCUGUUUCUUCAGAUUGAUUUUGAAGAUGUGAUUGCCGAACCUGAAGGAACACACAGUUUCGAUGGCAUCUGGAAAGCCAGUUUCACCACAUUCACCGUGACAAAGUACUGGUUUUACCGCCUGCUGUCGACACUCUUUGGCAUACCGCUGUCACUCAUCUGGGGCAUUUACUUUGCCAUAUUAUCAUUCCUCCACAUCUGGGUAGUGGUGCCUUGCAUACGAAGCUACUUGAUCGAGAUUCAGUGCAUCAGCCGAGUCUAUUCUAUCUGCAUUCACACCUUCUGCGACCCACUGUUUGAGGCGAUUGGAAAGGUCUUCAGCUUUGUUCGAAUAACCGUUCGCAAAGAAGUAUAGAGGGCGUAGGUGAACAAGCUGUCAUUGUCCAUUUGUCAGUUUUCAACUGCAGCAAGUUUUGAGCGCUGUCAUAACAUCAACGAAUCUCUAGAUUAGUUUAUAUCCAGAUAUUUAUCCUUUCAGAAUUGUUAUUGUCAUCGAGUGGCCUGUAUGUUGUGAAACAGACCUGAUCUUGUCUCCGCCACGUGUGAAAUACUGUAUUUUUUUAUGUUCCAUCCAUGUAAAAUGUAACCUGUACAAUGGUGCAGCACAGUGACUGAGAAAAACUACAAUAUAAUUCUGUGUGUACUUGUUUUAUUUUGUUAAAAUGUAUUAAGCUUUUGCAGGGGAGAGUACAAUACAACUUGGCAAGUUUCUAACAGAAUGUUCUCCCCAUUGUAACAUCAGCUAACAGGCGUAGUUUAUUUUGACUGGGUUGAUUUGAAACCAGUAUUGCAAGCACAGACCUGGAUAAAUCAGGGAUUGUGUAAUAUGUAAAUAGCUUUUAGCAUUAUCAACUCACACAGACACACGCAUAUAUAGAGAGCUCUGAUUGAACAAUCAAAGGGCAACAAAAAGCAAAAAAAUGCUUUACAUAUCAAGGGUUAAUAGAACAGCGCACCUUUAACAAAACAGUUUUUUAAAGUUCUUUAAAUCUGUCUGACCUACAUUGUCAUCAGUGAAAGAGUGUUAGUCUUAACAAGAUUAAGCAAACCAUGUGAAUGAUAAUAUAUAUUUUUUACAUGAUUUUUCUCGAAAAUACAAAGUGUUUCUGUAUACACAAAUUACUAAGAAACAGCCUUAAAACUUUAAAGGAAUUGUUUCAUGCAGAACCUUUAAACCUUGUAGAAUUUUAUGUGAAACAUACGAUAACCAGAGAACUCUUAAAAGUGAUCCAAGGGGUAACUAAAUCUUCUUUUAAUGUAUAUUUAAUAUAUUUCUACAAAGUAUCAGCUUCUGCUAAGAAAUAUAUGUGCGUAUACAUUUACUGUAUAUAGAUAUAUAUACAUACAUUUAUAUACAUAAAAUUUUUAUACUACUCGAUUUUAUCAGCUUUUCUUUGAGACUCAGCAGGGGAUUUACUGCGAAAUAAGGCAUCUUGCGUGAAAUAUUCAUGAGCCCCCUGAAUCAACCCAUAAUUCUUUGCAUAUAACAUCCACAUACACUCAAAGCAGAAGUUGGCUUCUAUUUUUACAUCUCCCUGCUAAGUUCUUUGUUUAGACCCAUGCAUUUCAACAUAGCUUGUUAAACACGCAAAGACAAUAACGUUUUCAUUGUUAGCUUGACAUUCUUUAACCUUUAACAAAAAGCUACCAAACAUUUCAAGUGAAAAAAAAAAAUCAAUUCUCUAAAGCUAUUGUAAAAAUAAACGUCUGUUAUAAUUUUACUAAGCCAGCUUGUUUAAUAUAUAUUUGGUAUUUUAUUUUUAUAUGUUUAAUGUUUUCACAUUUUGUGUGCUUUUCUGUUACACUAGAAAAUAUAUAUAUUGUAUACAUUUUACAGACCACUGCUUGAUCUAUAAGCUUAUGUUAGUCAUAGUACUUUAUCACUUCAGCAACCUUCUCUGAAGUCUUUUUUUUCUGUGUAAAUCUAGCACUAAAAGCUGUGUUGCUAUAUACUGUCCUUAUGUACUUGCAUACAUACAGACAAUUCUGUGAUUGGAGUUGAUUAGACCCAAUGAUAUUCUAUGAGCCAACACAUAAUUUAAUCCACCGCCGUGUUUUAGAUCCACAUGAAUUCUGGCUAUGUUUUAGCAUUAAGGUUUUAUGAUGUGUUGCAUAUGUAAUACGUUUCUAACAAAUAUUAGCUGUCAAUGGGAUAUAUUCAUCUAUAAAAUGUGAGUUUGUGCACAGCUUAAUUACAGAGUAUUUGUUUGUAUGGCAAGCGCUAGAAACAAAAUCCAAGAAUGUUUUAGGAAUCUACAACGUUAAGAAAAUACAAUUUUGCUGAAAAAAUUAUGAUUUUUGUUAUGUUUUUUUUUUUUAAUGAUUUACUUAUUGGUAGUGAGUCCCAAGAAGUGCAAACCCAGCAUUUACCCUUUCUGAUUGUACAAAACAACUAACCCAACAUGAUUUUUUUUCUGACACGUUUUUUAGUUAAUGCUCCAGUACCAUUAAAACAGUAGAUUAACUAUUUGACAAAGCAAGAAAUGUUUUAAAUAGGCAAUUUUACGGGUGAGUCCAUUUAUUUCUAAGUAGCUUACCGGCUUUUUUAUUAUCUUUGUGCCAUUAGUGCCUUAGAUUUAUAGAACAUUGGUUGUUUUUUACAGCCCUGUGUAUAAUAUAAUAUAUAUAUGUAAGAGAAAUUAUUAUGAAUUAUAGUCACCACUAGAACCAAUUUAGAGUUCCCACAUUAUCUCAAUUCACUGUUAUUUAGGAGUUAAAUUACUUUUGUAUCUGUUAAUGUAGCCCUAGCCACACCUCCCCGGAUGUGACUGACACAGACUGCAUGAUAACAAAAUGUUUUUUAUUUUUAUUUUUAAUCAGAUGUCAACUUAAUUUAACAGUUUUUAUCUCCAGCUAUGUAAAUUGAGCUUUAAUUACAUACAGAAGGCUCCUGCAGGGUCUAAAAAAUAUUAUCAAAGCAGAAGAUAAGAAAUUCUAAAUUAAACUGAAUUUUCAACAAAGGAAGUGUAAACAUUAGAUGACUCCUUACAGGAAGUGUUUAGGGAGGUGUGCCUAGGGUUGCAUAAACAAAGUGAUUUAACUCCUAAAUGGCAGAGAAUUGAGCAGUAAGACUGCAGGUGCUUUGUCUAUACACCACAACUGCUUCAUUAAGCUAAAGUUGUUUUGGUGACUAUAGUGUCCCUUUAAUGUCUAAAACGUAACUUUUUCUAAAUACACAGUUUUCUUUCAGGCCUAAACAGGAGCUUUUACGUUACUUAUCCAGUAACAGUUUUAUCUAUUACAAAACAUAUUUCUUGAUCAGCAUCCAAUUCCCAAUUACUCUAGAUCCAAGCAGUAUACACAUACAGUACUGAUAUUUUUUUUUACUAAUUUUGCAUGUAAGGCUCAAGCUACAGAUGUGCACAAAAAAAAGUUAAACGUGUUAGAAGUGAAUUAUUAAAAAAAAGUUAUUUGUUUCACCCUACAAUAAAUAUACAAAGAUAUUCCUCAGUGUUAAUUUUAGAACUUCCUAAACAAGAUUAUGCAUGAUUUAAAGUACAAGGUUUGACGGCUGGGCUAUAACUAAAUCAUGAGUUAUGUUAACAUAGGAUUUAAUAGCAUUGCUAACCUUCCAAAUUCUUCCAAAGUGUGAAGGGUACGGCCAACGCCCUCUGUAAAAUCUACAUAUAAGGCAAUGUUGAAGCCAGCUGUAAUUUUAAUAGCAUACUUUGAAUAUACUUUAGUCCUGUUUUGUUUUAUUUUUGGCAACAAAUUAAUUUUUUCAGAUAUGAGAUGUAAAAAGACUUAAACACAUAUAUUUGUUUCACUGACUAACCAUGGUUUUUGGUGAAUUUAGCAGUAAUUACAAACUGUAUCAUGUCUCGCCAUGUUCUUUCUCUUUAUUUAUCUCUUAAACAAAAAUAAAAUAGACCCAAAGCACUCUGACAUUGCAUGCACAAUAUGUUAUCAAUAAUUCAGAUAAUCGGGUUUUACAGUCAAUGUGCACAUCCAUGGGCAGUUGUGUGAACAAACACAGAUGAUCAAUUAAACAAAGUGAAACAAAAGGGUAAAUACAGGGAAAAUGGUGGAAGUAAAUAAAUGACAUAGCGGUCAUCAUUUUCCUGUAUGUGUGCCACAGACACCGAGGGGCAUCUGAUUCCACUAUUGCCCAUAGUAAGACUUUUCACAUUAAAAUGUGCACUCUGUUUUAGAUCUUACUUCCUCCUUAAUGUCUAAGUAAACAUUUUCUGGUCACAUUUUCA